AAGUGUGCUUUCCUCUCACGGACUUUCACGCAAACCAGUCUCUCUCCACUGUCCCCUUUUUCUCCAUAAAAUAUUAUUCCUUUCCUUUUUUGGACCUGCCUUGUCUCGCCAGUGACCCCCGAAGAGCACGCGUUUGGACCGCGCCGUCCUCGGAUGCCGAGGGCUGACCGUGAGUUACACUGAGAUUUUCCACUGUCCGGGUGGCCCGCGCCCCUGUCCCCCUGCGUUGCUCCAGGGUCAGCGGAACCCCAGCGGAGCAGGUCAAGGUUUGUCCUCCGCUCACAUGGGCGACCCCUCCCAGGCCGGUGUGAACUCUGGAACCGCCUGUCUCCCCGCCCCCCCCCCCGCCAGGGCUGCAGUGCCACCAGGAGACCGGGGGCUCCCAGAGGGCAGGCGGCCUGUGCCCUGCCCCAGCCUCACCUGCGUGGAAGCGAGGACCAGCCGCUGCCCGCUCCCUGCACCCACUGUGCUCUCCAGCCUCUGGCCAUGGCGCCCCUGCUCACCCUAGUCCUGGUGGCCCUGGUGGGCCUGCCUCUGGCCCAGGCCCUGGACUGCCACGUGUGCACCUACAACGGGGAGAACUGCUUCAGCCCCAUGCGCUGCCCGGCCAUGGUCAGCUACUGCAUGACCACACGCACCUACUACACGCCGACCAGGCUGAAGGUGAGCAAGUCCUGCGUGACCAGCUGCUUUGAGACCGUGUACGACGGCUACUCCAAGCACGCCUCCACCACCGCCUGCUGCCAGUAUGACCUCUGCAACGGGGCCGGCCUGGCCGUCCCGGGGACCCUGGCCCUGGGCCCCAUACUCCUGGCCACCUUCUGGGGCCUGCUCUGAAGCCCUGGCUGCCCUCCUCCCCCCGGGACCCACUCGGGGACCAAGCUCUGAGAGGCGCAUCCCCGCCCUCUCGCCCUGCCCACCCUCUGCCCCAGGAGACUCCCUCAGCCACAGCCAGGGCUGUCUGCAAGAGGACCCUUGACCUCUCUUAGCUACGAAGGGGCCUCUGUCCCAGGCCGCGACCUUCCCAUUCGGAAGGCUGACGUGGGACUGGGCCUCGCGCAGGCGGCUGGCCUUGGUGGGAGAGUUUGGUCCUCCUCUGCCCCACCCAGCAGGGAAGUGCGCUAUUUGCGGGGGUCCCAGGCAGCCAAGGAGCACCGGCUAGGCUAGCGGGGGGAUGUGCCCCGGCUCCCCUGCGGCCCUGGGGGCAGCUGUGGCCUGAGGGCCAAGGGAGGCAGGCCUUGUCCCCCAGUGGUCCCGGGCGGGAGUGCCGGACUUGGUGUCUCACGUAGGCGAGGGUCUCGAGCUCUGGGGGUUCUUCCUGAGUGCCGCUCCCGCUCAGUGUGGGAGCGACGUAGCCCAGCGUUUCACAGACGAGCCCCCCCAGCCGCAGCUGAGUUGAGUAGUGAGGCCCACACACAGAGGAAGCCCCCCCCCCCCCGUGUCACUAACUGGAGUGGACAGGCUGUGGCUAGGGCUCCCUUAGGGCGCCUGGCUUUGGGUGUGAAGAACAUCUCCUUCGCUUGUAAGUAAAUAAAACCACGUGGACAACCAGG